GACAUACUUUUACUAUAAUCACUCUAAUUCAAUAGUGAAAAUUACCUAAAUGUCACACACCAAAUAAAGAAGAAGAAAAUUUAUUAUUACCAUUUACCCCACAUCCCACUCCUAAACGGCCUCCUCCUUCCACUCCUAUCUCUGUCACCAUCAGACCCUAAUCCUUAACUGCCCUCUCUCUUCCACUGCUAUCUUCGUCACCUCAUCCAACCCGCUAGCUCCCUCUUCCGCUACCUAACUACCUCCAAUGUCCUCUCUCACCUCGUCCGCGCUGCCGCUGCAAACUACUCUUAUUCCAUCAAUUCUUCGCCUCUUAUUUCUUCGAAACGACACCUCACCGUGUCCUACCUCGCCAAGUCGCCAUCCCCAUCUCUCUCCACCCGGAUUGACAACCUCCCUAGCCGUCCCUAUCUCCCUCCACCAGAUCGGCAGCCGCUCGCGGGUUCCUUCCAGCUCGUCCACCCGCACCAUCCCAGGAGACGGUACAUGAAAAAAUUGCAACCUGGUACCUGUUCUGGCCGGGCCAACCGCCGGGUAUGCUGGAUUUUGACACAGUCUUUCCACGUUUGACUAUUCUGAGCUAUCUCUAAAAUGGGUGAUCAGCGCUCGUUUUCUCCUCCGGGUCCGGGCUAAUCCGUGUCGACCCGCGGGUCAACCCGCAGGUUGACAACCUUGGUUUAGAGCCUUAGUCGGAUUAGGAAAGCCAUGUAUAUAUGUUGAGUGCCUCCCCUGAUGUACUUACGGACUCUAUUCUACCGAGAUUAUACGACUGGCUCUGAGAGGUUGGUCCUCUCCUUGGAUUAGUCUCAACGAUACUUGUUGAAAAAACCACGUAAAUCUUGUAUUGUUCUUAAUGCUUUAAUCUUGGUUGACAUGGUAUCAGAGCCUCGGGCUUGAUUCGGUGAAUUUCAGUUCUUGUCUUUGGCUAUUCAGAGUUUCUAGUGAUCUUCAGGUAUUCAGGUUACUUCUGUUCUUGUGGUUUUUCGGAUAUUCAGGAUUUUCUUGGCAGUUUUUGGUUGUUCGCUGCUGCUUAUUGGUUACGGCUAAGAUUCUUGGGUUCUUCGCUCGACCGCGUUCUGUUCGGCGUCCUCUUCCGGUUUCAGAUUUGGCAGUUCUUCUAUUCUUGUUCGGUUGCUCUUCCUUCUUGUGUGUGUGUGUGUGUGCGGGAUGUGAUCAUUGAGUCAUCACAUUUAGAUGGGGUUUCUAUUCAUUUUGAUGGGAGGAACUUCUCCCUUUGGGAGUUCCAAUUCCGGAUUUUUGUCCAAGGGCGUCGUUUCUGCCUGUUCUUGACGGUACUCUCCUGGGACAGCUUCCACGGCGUCAGACAAAGAGAAGGGGGAUUGGGUUGUUUCCAAUGCUCAAGUUAUGAAUUGGAUUCUCUCUUCUGUUGAGUCUGUCAUUGCUCUCAGCUUGAGAGGGUUAUUACCACUCAUGCUAGUGGCGGCACCUGAGUGAGCUUCACUCACAGAUAAUGGCUUCUCGUAAAUUUGAGCUUGAACUUGAUAUAUCUAAGUUGCAGCAAGGGGAUCUUGAUGCUCGAGCAAAUUAUCAAGUUGUUGUCACUUUGUGGACCGAGCAUGACAUGCUCACUACCUCGUUGGUCUUCUAUGCUGCCUCCGCUGAGGUUAUCCGUGAACGCUCUAGUUUGCAUCUUAUACAUUUCAUGAUGAAGCUUUGUCCGGAGUUUGAAGGUAUUCGAGCAUCUCUUCUCCAUCGCAAUGUUGCCAAGGUGGAGGAUGUGUUGGGAGAAUUAAUUCGGGAAGAAUCUAGGUAGAGGAGUCAACCUAAGGUCGAUUUCCAGGCGGUGGAAUCUUCCCCCACUUCCUUUGCGGCUGGCGCAACCCGUGCUCCUUCUUAUGGUAAUUCUGAGUCUCUUGAUAAUUCUGCUUUUGCUGUUAGUUCGGAGCACCUUCGUUUCAGCGAACUGCAAUCGGUAUGGUUAUUUGCUAUUAUUGUAAAGAACUUGGACAUGUACAGCUUCACUUCCCAAAGAGGAAUGCUUGCAACUACUGUAAGGCCUCUGGCCAUAAAAUAAAUGCAUGUCCUAUCUUGGCGAAACAGGGGCGUAACUGUCCGUCUCAUGGCUCCAUGUCGAGGGGUUCCUCGGCAGCUCCAGCCUAUGUGGCUUCUCUGGUUCCGUCUUCUGCAGUCUCUCUCACUCAGGAUACUAUUCGCCAAAUGCUCCAGGAGGUUGUUCGGGAUGUGAUUCCUUCAGCAUUAGGCUCGAUUUUUACUGCUGGUAUGUCAUCUUGCUCUUCUCCCACUUGGCAUCUUGACAUUGCAACAUUUAAGCGUAUGACCAGUUCUCGUUUUUCUCUUUAGUCAACUUCGCCUUUCUAGUUCUAUUCAGUUAUAGGUUGGUGAUGGCACUCGAUUACCAGCUUAGGGUAUUGGUGUAGAUUUUGGUCCUAUUUAUCUCUCCCGGACACAAUCUAUGCGCCGCGAUUGGUAUCUAACCUUGUAUCAGUUGGUCAGUUGGCAGAAAAUGGGUGUCACAUCAUCUUUGAUACUACUGGUUGCAUUGUGCAGGACCGAAAAACGCGGUGGGAGAUCGGCCACGGGACUAGACGAGGUCGGGGGUACACUCUUGACAACUAGGAGCAGUUGGAUCCGUAGGGGUGUGCGUGCAGCGGCAGUAAAGGAUCCGUUGAGGCCUCAGUUCUUGUUUUGUCUAGUUCACCUUUUGUUGGUUAUUCUAUUAACUUGUCCAAUUGGGAGUUGUAGCAUCGCAGGUUGGGUCAUCCGCUUUCUGCCAGAUUGUUAGAGAUGUUUAAGAAUAAGCUGUUAUCUAAUACAUUUAUUUCUGAUUCAGAUACUAUUUGCACACACUGUUUGGAAGCUAAGUUAUCUCAACAGUCUUUUGGUUCAAGUACUACAGUUGACUCUGAUCCCUUUGAUUUAGUUCACACUGACCUAUGGGAUCCUUCUCAUGUUACAUCUCGCAUGGGUUUUCGAUAUUUUGCUUUAUUCAUAGAUCAUGCGACUCGCUUUGCCUGAAUAUAUUUUCUUCGUCAAAAGUCAGAUUUGUUGAUUGUUGCCAAGGAGUUUAUUCAGUUGAUUAAAACUCAGUUUGGAAAGAUUAUCAAGGUCAUUCGCUCUGAUCCAGUCGGGGAAUUUUUUUAUGGGCUACUACAGGAGGUCUUUAAAGCCCAUGGUAUACUUCCACAAUAGUCUUGUCCAGGUGUCUCGCAACAAAAUGGUCUAGUGACACGCAAACAUCGGCAUGUUCUGUAGUUGACUAGAGCCAUUCCUUUUCAGUCCAGUAUUCCCUCUGGUUUCUGGGUCGAGCCAGUUCAUACGAUUGUGUAUUUGAUAAAUCGCCAACCCACUCCGGUUUUCUCUCAUCGUAGUCCGUAUGAGCCGUUACAUUCUCGCACACCAGAUUAUGCUUAACUCUGAGUAUUUGGCUGUGUUUGCUAAGUCCUCCUUCCCCGACGGGAGCGGCAUGAGCUCGUACCCAAAGCAGUUUGAUGCAUCUUUGUGGGUUAUAGUGGUAAACACAAAGGCUAUGUCUGUUACGAUGUGUUCAAUCGGCGGAUCUGCAUAUCAUGUCAUGUGGUAUUUUUGGAGCAUCUAUCAUACUAUCAUGUUUAGGAUUCUUCUACACGUGCGGACUUGGACUUUCUUCGGCCUCAGCUGGCAUUCUUCGAUCUUUCAUCUUCACCUUUUGAUGGGGGUCCUUCGACCUCAGGUUAAGGAUCAAUGUCGAUGAACCUUAGUAUUUUCUCUUCUUCGUCUGGUUCAUCUUCCUCCUCCUCCAUGUCACCUUAGCACUCAUCCUCCUUGGCCUCGUCGAGCUCCUCUGAAACUAGAUCUCUUCCUCGUCCUCGAUUUUGCUGCACUCGAAUGUCCUCUGUGGUGGUUGUCCAGGUUGCGGUUAAAGUUGUUCAUGUGUUGAUGUUUGAAAGCGAGUAUGAUUCCCGUGUUUCGUGCCUAUGUGAUAUGUCCCCAACGGUUGCAUGAUUGAGAUGUUCUGAGCUUACCUUGUAUCUAACUUGGUUUGCUUGGGGACAAGCAAACGGUUAAGUGUGGGGGAAUUUGAUGGCGUCGUUUUUGCACAUGUUUUCACUCUUGUUUCCUUACCAUUUUAGCUCGAAUUUGUUGUUCCUUGGCCUAUUUUACGCUAGGUUGUGUUGUUUUGUCGUAUUUCAGGUCCUAGCAAGUAAAGAGGUGCAUAGGCG